CGCCGGCUAGCAGGCGGAAGAGGCGGCGCCGGCGGGACGCGGCUCCGGGCUCCCGGAGGCGGCGGCGGCGGCGGCGGCGGCGGCGGCGGCGGUGGAGGCGGAGGCCCGGAGUUGGGCCGGGACGGGAUCCAGGAGGCCCCUGAGCCGGAGCAGGCAGCGCCUGGAGACCACAGGCCGUUCGCCCGCCUCAGGCCGGUCGGCCGCCGCUCCCCUCCCUGCUCCCUGUUCCCGGCAGGGCCAGAGAGGCCGCAGCCUCCGCCCGGUGGUUCUCGGGCGAAGGGAAGUCGCGAAGCAGGUCCCGGGGCAGAGCUCGCCUGCUCCUGAGGGAAGCGGCGAUAAGAUGGCGGUUUGAAGGGGAGCCGGAGGCUGAGUCACUCUGCUCGUCGGUACGCCGCCUUUCUAACGCCGCCGCCGGCUCGCACCACUCUGGGCCUACUGCCCACACUGACUGCGGGGUCCGGGAGAGCGGGAUGCUGGCCGGCCGCGCCUGGCUUCUUGGAAAGAGCAGGAAGGAGCGCGAGAAUGCAGUUCCGCGGCAGAAACCUCUGUAGAGAAGCAGGAUGCAACCGACAGGCUGUGGCCGGACAGCUGCUGCCCAGCACAUGGACGCACGAGCACGAUUUGGCCAAAGAAGCCCCCAUACUCCCGGUGAAAAAGAUUUCCAGAAGCUGUUCUGUCAAUAACAAAGUCAAAACCACAAAACCACCAACACUAAGAUCAUUCUUGAGUCCAAUUUGAAAAACUAGGGUCAAGUUCUGCAGAGGCAUUGAAAGGACAAGAUACCACCCUAAUACCCAUUGUGUGAGGGAAAAUGCUCUAUUCACCAUUCCUCAGCUUCUGCUUCUGGUUUCAGAGUUCUCGCUAUAUUGGAGGGUGUUUUAAAGCUAGAGUGGUCUUUAUCCACUUUUAUUAACACAUCUGAAUGUGAAGGUCAAGAGAGGAAAGUGAUAUGUCCUAAGUCAGAGUAGAGUCAACAAGAAAAUAAGACAAACAGCGACUGAGCCCCUGAUGUAUACUGGGCAUUGGCGAGCUACUGGGGAUAUGGAGAUGAAGAAAACGUAAUCCCUUCUUCAAGGAGCCCAACCUACCAAGGUAGACAGACAUAUAGACAAAUAGAUACUUGCAUAGAAAAAAAGAGGAAAAGGGGAUCAGUGUGACCUGUGUAACUAAGUACCUUAUACAACCCUCCUGCAACAGAUCAUAUUGCCCUUUAUAGUAGGGAUGGUAAUCCCAUCUCUGAAUUCCACAUGUGCUUUGCAGUCAUACCACACCCAUGUGUCUGUUGGUCCUGACUGUACCAUUUAUAAACAGCUUCACUUUCAGCAGUUCUCAGCCCUCUUAAGCUAGGGUCAUUGUCAGUAGGGAUACUGCUUCACAAGCGUCAGCAGAACACCAAAGGAGACCGUAUGGGUGAAAGCAACCAACACUGCCCUGGCACUUCAUAGGUUCUUAGAGUUUUCAUCUUUUACUUUCAGUCUAACACAGCACUGCCUGCUUUUUGUUUUUGUUGCUUGGUUUGUUUCUUUCUUACCGUGUUCACCAAACUUGUGUCCAAAUAGCUUUGGGCUGAUGCAAGAAUAUCUAUGUGGAAGAGAAAGAAGAGUUGUUCUCAUGGAGGGCCUUCAGAUGAGUGCUAUAGACACUCUAGGCAACUCUCCAAGAGGCUUCUCAAGCAGGGUGGGCAGUGAGAGCUGCUGUGGAAUCAAUGGACAAACAUUGACAGGGACUGCUUUGAAAGAGUACUCAGUUGAGUAUAUAUAUUCUCUCUUAAGGGCUAAAAGUUUAUAAUCAUCCCUUAAACACUGUGAUGCGAUCUUUUGAAGUAAACUAUAUUUUACAAUGUGAUAUAAA